AUGGACGACGAAUUGCUCGAGUUGCAGAGACAGUUCGAGUUCGCUCAACAAGCGAAGUCCAGUAUUCGAUUAUCCGAUCGAAACGUCGUUGAAUUAGUCCAGAAAUUGCAGCAACUUCAAGUCAUCGAUUUCGAGCUUCUUCACACUGCUUCCGGCAAAGAGUACAUCACUCUCGAUCAACUGAGAAAUGAGAUGGUGACUGAGGUGAAGAGAUUAGGGCGAAUUUCUGUGAUUGAUCUUGCUGAUGUUACUGGAGUUGACUUGUACUAUGUUGAGAAAUUGGCUCAGAGUAUUAUAACUGAUCACGGGGAAUUGAUGUUGACUCAAGGGGAAAUCGUUACGGAAUCUUACUGGGAUUCGAUUGCGGAAGAGAUUAACGAGAGGCUUCAAGAAUGUAGUCAGAUUGCUUUGACGGAACUUGCUGCGCAAUUGAAUGUUGGUUUGGAUUUGAUUGCGUCUGUGUUGGAGCCGCGUCUUGGAACUAUAGUUAAAGGAAGGCUUAAAGGUGGGCAGUUGUAUACUCCUGCCUAUGUUGCUCGUGUUAGUGCCAUGGUUCGAGGGUCUGUACGUGCUGGAGUGCAUUGGACACCAGCUGUAUUUGCUGUUGCUCAAAAGGAAUCUGUGGAUUCAUUCUUUUCACAAAAUUCUUUUAUCAGCUAUGACGUUCUGCAAAAACUUGGAAUUCCUCAGCCCGUUCAAUUCUUGCAGGUAACUAAUCCCAGAUAUCCUGAAGGCAAACCUCUUGUUACAACAUUUGUUCACCCAUCAAUGAUUGAGAUGCUAGAUGCUGCUACUGAGGAUGCUCUAGAACGUGGUAGCUGGAGUGAUUCUCUUUCCUUAUUGCCCUCAUCUUUUACACCUCAAGAUGCAUCUAAAAUGUUGUUCCUCUGUCAAUCUGUACAAUUGGCUCUUAAGUCUAACAAAGCACAUAUAUUUGGGGACUUCUAUGUAUUGAGCAGCAGCUUUAUGAAGGACAUUUGCGAUUGUACGGUGAAAGAAUUAGAGACAUUAGCUGUUUCAAGGUCUUUGGGCACUGUAAAACCUGGUGAUUUACCAAUAGCCAAUGAAGUAAAAGCAGGGUAUGAUUCAAGCAGGUUGAGUGUGUCCAGUGAAAUGGCAAGUGACAGUGGCUCCAACAAGCAUGCUGAUAAAGGGCCAAAGAAGAAAAAGGGGAAAGCCACUGGAAAUGCAUUAGCAAAUCAAUCAGAAAGUGGUGCUGAUAACCAAGAGCAUACUUCUACCAAAUCUAAGAAAAGCCAGAGAAAGGCCUUGGUUCCUGAUUUUGAAGAACAAGGUAUUGAUGAUCCUGAAACAAUUCUUAGGCCUUUGGUUAACAAGUUAAGGCCCACAAUAAUCAAUAAAAGGAAGGCAUUGUUUAAAGACAAUGCAGAAAGAAUGAAACAAUUGCUUGAUAAUUUGCAGAAAAAACUCGACGAGUCUUUCUUAAACAUGCAACUGUAUGAAAAAGCCUUAGAAUUGUUUGAAGAUGAUCAAUCAACUUCUGUUGUUUUGCAUAGGCAUUUACUAAGGACAGUAGCAGCUCCUAUGGUUGACAUGCUUCUUCAUGACUUGGAUGAGCAGAACAAAUUAAAGAACGGAGUAGAAGUGCAGGAAUCUCCAAAUUCUGAGUCUAUUUCGUUUAGUCCUGGAGAUAGAGCUGCAAUUUCCAAGAGUUUUCCAGGAGCUCUUUCAAAUAAGGCUCUUGUUGUUGUAGAAGCAUUGGAAGGAAAGAGGGUGGAAACAUUCAUGUCUUCAUUCAGAGCUGUGACAGAAGAGAGCGGGCUGCCUUUGAAAAAGCUAGACAAGAAACUAGAAAGGACACUUCUACAUUCAUAUCGUAAGGAAUUGACAUCUCAAGUUUCGGCUGAGACUGACCCUGUAUCACUUCUGCCGAAAGUCGUGUCUUUACUCUAUGUCCAGGUUUACCAUAAAGCUCUACAAGCCCCUGGAAGGGCCAUUUCUGUUGCUAUUUCUCAAUUGACGGAUAAGCUUGACGAGACAGCUUGCAAGAUUAUAGCUGAUUAUCAAGCUGCUGCCGUUACUCUUUUGACACUAUCAGCUACUCCUGAUGACGAAGACAGUUGUGCAUCGAAUAGAAUUAGAGAGAUUCUGGAGAGCCAAAUGCCUGCUCUUAAAAGUUUGGUUUCGGGUGCCUCACGGUCAUAA